AUGGACGAUGCUACGGUUUUUAAAGUGUCUUUCAUAUUCCCAAAUAAAGACGAGUAUAAGGGGGAGUGCAAAAGGACACCUGAGGGUAUGCUCAAGAGGAACGGUCAUGGAGUCCACACCGGUGCCAACAGAACUACGUACGUCAGCAGCUGGAAAAAUGACAAACUGAAUGGUACUGGAAGGCUAGAACAUCCUUCUGGGCCAGUUUAUGAAGGCAAGUUCAAAGACAGCAUGUUUCAUGGGGCUGGAACCUACACAUUUCCAAAUGGAGCAAAGUACAUUGGACCAUUCAAUGAAAACAAGUAUGCUUGA